GGUCCAUUCGCUUUCUGUUUGCCUUGUCUUCACAAUGAUCUAUUGCAAAAUCACCUGGUUAAGUUUAUUUUAGAAUUUGUAGAGACAGAUUUUGGGCAUUACUUUCCGUCUCAAUCAUAUGAUCUCCUAAUUGAUGCUAUUUAGAAAAACAAAAGGGAGAUUUCAACGUGUUUAAAUACAUCAGCCAUCUAGGAAAGGACAUCUCUUGAGACUUCACUUCAGCUUCACUGACUUCUUGACUCUCCUCUUGAGUAAAAGGACUCAGCCAACUAUGAAGUUUUUUGUCUUUGCUUUAAUCUUGGCUCUCAUGAUUUCCAUGACUGGAGCUGAUUCCCAUGACAAGAGACAUCAUGAGCAUAGAAGAAAAUUCCAUGAAAAGCAUCAUUCACAUCGAGGCUAUAGAUCAAAUUAUCUGGAUGAAAACUGAUAUCUUCAGUAAUCAUGGGGCAUGAUUAUGGAGGUUUGACUGGCAAAUUCACUUUGGACUCGUGUAUUCUCAUUUGUCAUACCGCAUCACACUACUGCUGCUUUUUGAAGAAUUAUCAUAAGGCAAUGCAGAAUAAAAGAAAGACCAUGAUUUAGUGAAUUCUGUGUUUCAGGAUACUUACCUUCCUAACUAUCAUUUGAUUAGAUACUUGCAAUUUAAACUGUUAAGCUGUUUUCACUGCUGUUUCUGAGUAAUAGAAAAUCAUUCCUCUCCAAAAGUAAUAAAUUUCAAGCAUAUUAUUAUGU